AUGUCGGCUCAGGAUUCUUCUCUCCGUGAGACCAAUUGGCCCACUCUGGCCGGCUACGUCUCUACCCAUAACGACACUUAUCCCUUCAUUGAUCCGUGCAAAUCCAACUUGGGGGGCAAGUCAGUCUUAAUCACUGGCGCCUCUAAAGGAAUCGGAAAUGCAACCGCGAUUCGCUUCGCCAUGGCAGGCUGUUCGAAAAUCAUCCUCGCUGCCCGUUCUGAGAUGGCCGAGGUUGAAGCGGCUGUCAAAGAUGCCGCGAGGAAGGCAAAUCGGCCCCAACCAGUUGUUCAUUCCAUCAAGCUGGACAUCACGUCAGAGGAGUCGGUGAAAGCAGCAGCUGAGGCUGCCAAUGAGAUACUGGACGGCAGCCUAGACAUUUUGAUCAAUAAUGCCGGCUGUCUUGAGGAGUGGAAGCCCGUCGUCGAGUCUGACCCAUCGGAGUGGUGGUGGACCUGGGAGGUCACCAUGAAAGGCACUUAUCUCUCAGCUCGUUACUUCAUCCCACUGCUCCUCAAGUCAUCAAUCAAAACCAUCAUCAAUAUCAGCAGUGUCGGCGCUCAAAUCAUCGUUCCCGGAGCGUCAGCGUACCAGACGAGCAAGUUCGCCCUCUGUCGUUUUACCGAGUUCAUCGACAAGGAGUAUUACGAACAGGGAUUAGUGGCCAUAGCGAUUCAUCCCGGGGGCAUCAAGACUGAGCUAGCUUUGAACAUGCCCCCAGCGAUGCAUUCUCACUUGAACGAUACGGUGGAGUUGGCUGCUGAUACAAUGGUCUGGCUAUCUCGUGAGAAGAGGGAGUGGCUGUCGGGAAGAUUCAUUACGGUCAAUUGGGACAUGGAGGAACUAGAGAACAAGAAGAAGGAGAUUCUUGAAGGAAAUCUACUCAAGUUCCGUAUGACGAUCUGA